AAGAGGCAGGAUGCCACGCACAAGUACUGCCCGGGAGGGACGGCCAUCUGCUUCUCCGAGUUCACCGUGGCCGCGUACAACAUCACGUACCGCAUUGCCAUCCCCGAAGUCACGGCCGCGCCGUUCGACAUCCUGCUGCAGAUCCAGGCUCCCGCGUCGGUCGGGUGGGCCGGCCUGGCGUGGGGCGGCAAGAUGAGCAGCAACCCGCUGACUCUGGGGUGGGCAAACGGCAAGACCGCUGUGGUAUCUUCGCGCUGGACCGGCGGACACAGCCUGCCCGGCGCGUACACGGGAGCGACCUACACGGUGCUCCCGACAACGACGGCCAACUCGACGUGGUGGCAGCUCGACGUGCUUUGCAAGGGGUGCAGCCAGUGGGCGGGAGGGUCUCUCAACCCCAACGGCGUGAACGGGCUCGCGUGGGCCAAGGCCAGCCGUGCUGUGACAACGGCGGCCAGCAACACGAGCGCCUUCUCCAUCCACGACGGCAAGGCUGUCUUCUCCCACGACUUCAGCCAGGCCAAGAUCCCCCAGGGUGUGUUCGACGCGCUG